GACGUCCCACUUUGUCCAUGCACUACUGACGUAAAGUCACAUAAAGUCACAUGGACCUCUUUACGUAUAAUACUGCAAUGGGUGACACUGUUCCCUCUUGUUGUGUUUUCCAUUCGAAUUAAUGUAUAAGAAGCCAACACCUUGUUGUUGAGAAUGGACCCCGUUGUGCUGAGCUACCAGGACAGCCUCCUGCGACGCUCGGAUGUGACAUUAUUAGAAGGUCCUCAUUGGCUCAAUGACCAAGUCAUUGGUUUUGCCUUUGAGUACUUUGCCACGGAUCGCUUUAAAAGCCUGGGUGAAACCAUUGUAUUUAUUAGCCCAGAGGUCACACAGUUUAUAAAGUGUGCUUCCUGUCCAGAGGAGCUGGCCGUUUUCCUGGAACCCCUGGAUCUGGCGUCCCGCCGUCUGGUGUUCCUGGCUGUCAACGACAACUCCAACCAGGCCGCUGGGGGCUCCCACUGGAGCUUGCUCGUCUACCAUCAUGGCGCCGCUCACUUUGCCCACUAUGACUCUCAGAAUGGGGGCAACUCCCUCCACGCGAGGCGCAUCGCUGGAAAGCUGGAGCCUUUCUUUGGUACCGGGGGAAAGGUUCGAUUUGUGGAGGAGCCAUGCCCCUUGCAACAGAACAGCUAUGAUUGUGGAAUGUACGUUAUCUGUAACGCAGAGGUCCUGUGUGAGGGGGCUGAAGAGAAUAGCUCCCCAGUUCGCCUCCCCGUGCAGAGCAUUACCCCAGCUUUCAUAACCCAGCGGAGACGGGACUUGUGCAGGUUGAUCGACCGACUGGCUAAAGAUUGACCCUUUUCGGGCUGUUCCCAAUAGCAGAACCAUUGAAUGCAUUCUUAUCAAAUGCAGAAUGGAUACCCUACACCUAUUAUACACACACUCUCUCUACCUACACAACGUACAGUAUCCAAACAAUGCACCGGCAUGCCUUUACAGCUUUUACUUUAAGGAGAAUGAAAAAAGUAUGUGGUUUCCAAGUGGAGAAGAAGCCUUUCUUGUCUUGAUGUUAUGCAUUUAAAGGGAAUGUGGAAAUGUUUACAUAUAUUAUUGCUCAGGGUCAUUUUAAAUGAACUAGGUUGACAUUACGAAUUUUCAACAGGGUGGUACUUAUGUUUGGCAGCUCAGAUUUCCCUUUUUAAAGGUUUUUUUACAAAAAUAGUGUCUUAUUUUAAUCAGUUUCACAUUUGGUAUUCCGAUGUCUGAUAUUUGAUGAUCGAUUUUAUCAUCACAUGUUAUUUUCUUUGGUUUGUGCAUGACAUCGUUAUAACAUUGCAUGAAGGCUCAACAAGCUGCAGGAAAUCUUGUCAAAAUAUGGAUCAGAGGUCCCUUUUUUUUGAAGCCCCAAUACAUUUUCAUUAUAUAUAUAUAAAGUCGGCGCAGUGUAGUGAAAUACCUUCUUUGAGGUACAUGUAAAUGGAGAGUAUUGAGUCAAUGGUACAAUAUAACCAAAAACUCAAUUCGGCGGGCUUGGAGACGAUAUGCAUACAUCUUGCUAAGUGUCUAUAUAGCUUUCCAAAUGUGUGUGUAUCCAUACAAAGACAUUAGGUAAGAUAACGCUUUAUUCAGCGCUGGACUGGAGGUCGACUGCAGGGGUUUGGAUUAGGAGCCAUCCCAAAGAAAAUGGAGCUAAGCCCUUAACCUUUAUCAUUUUUCUGUUCUGUCGUGGAUGUGUAGAAGGAAGGAUUAUAUUUAUGCACAAGAAUGUGGUCCCAUGAUGGUAACCACUACCCUAAUAAAACGGAUACACCCGAAA